AUGCCUGUCGUCAAAGGAGGUGUCUGGACCAAUAUUGAGGAUGAAGUGCUUCGGGCAGCUGUUUCCAAAUAUGGUCUCAACCAGUGGGCUCGAGUCUCUUCUCUGCUCGCACGGAAAACCCCAAAGCAAUGCAAGGCGCGCUGGAUUGAAUGGUUGGACCCUGGUAUUCGCAAAGUCGAGUGGUCGCGGGAAGAGGAUGAGAAACUGCUCCACCUUGCGAAGCUGAUGCCCACGCAAUGGCGCACAAUUGCUCCCAUCGUUGGGCGCACUGCCACACAAUGUCUUGAACGCUACCAAAAGCUUUUGGAUGAAGCUGAAUCCCGCGAAAAUGACGAGCUUGGUCUGGGAGGACCCGGCGAGGAGAGCGCCGCCCCCAGUGCGGACGAUGUCCGCCGCCUACGACCCGGUGAACUCGAUCCCGACCCUGAGUCCAAGCCUGCCCGUCCCGACACUAUCGAUCUGGAUGAAGAUGAGAAAGAAAUGCUGAGCGAAGCGCGUGCUCGUCUCGCAAACACACAGGGUAAAAAGGCCAAGCGAAAGGCCCGAGAGCGUCAAUUAGAAGAGUCACGUCGACUGGCCGUUCUCCAGAAGCGCCGCGAACUUAAGAAUGCUGGUAUCAACGUCAAAGUUGUCACGCGGAAGCCCGGUCAAAUGGAUUACAAUGCAGACAUUCCCUUCGAAAAGCCAGCUGCUCCUGGAUUCUACGAUACAAUUGAAGAGAAAGAUCAGAAUGAACGGCAACGAGAAGCAUUUGAUCCUCGGAAGCAGCAACUCGCAAAUAAGAGAAAGGGGGACCAAGACGAUGAUGCAGAGCGCAAGAAGCGCAAGAACGAUAAAAGCGGCGCCUCAGCCGCCUCAGCUGCAGCCGCACGAGCAGGUCAGAUGCAGAAGAUUCGCGAGGCUGAACAGAGCAGCAAGCGUCGGGGACUGAACUUGCCAGCACCGCAGGUCAGCGAAAGCGAAAUGGAAGAUAUUAUCAAAAUGGGAAUGGCUGGGGAUAAAGCCAGUCGAAUGAGCUCGGAUGAGGCAGGCACUCGGGAACUCCUUGGAAAUUACUCGACUAUUGUUGGAGGAACUCCUAUCAGAACCCCGCGGGCUGCCCCCGAGGAGGAUCGCAUUGCCAACGAAAUCAAGAACAUUCGAGCUUUGACCGAAACUCAGUCUUCCCUGCUGGGAGGGGAAAACACACCUCUCCACGAGGGCAGCUCAUCAACUGGAUUUGAUGGGAUUGCUCCUCGGCGGCAAGCGAUUGUCACUCCCAACCCCAUGGCCACGCCAUUCCGCCAGGCGAAUGGCAUGGGUGCAACGCCUAUGCCUGGUGGUGUUGGGGUCGGUGCUACGCCUUUGCGCACCCCGCGAGACCAUCUAGCUCUGAACCGCGAGGGAGAGGGUGGCCAGCUCAUUGGCAGCACGCCCCGAGACAUUAAAAUGCACGAGAACUUCACUCGCCAACAGAUGCGUAGCAAGCUGGCCUCGCUUCCCAAGCCCAAAGAAUCACAGUGGGACUUUGAUACUCCAUCUGAGACCGCUGAGCCCACCAUAUCUGAGGAGAUCAGCGAAGAGGAUGCGUCCGAGCGCGAUCGUCGUAACAACGAGGCACGGGAGAAGGCCGCCAAGGCUGAAUUCAAGCGUCAAUCACAAGUUUACCAGCGAGGCCUACCUCGCCCCGCCGUUCUGGAUCUAAACGCUCUGUUGCAACGUGCCUCCAAGGUCACCGACACCAUCGAAGGCCUGAUUGCCAACGAAGCUGCUAUCCUAAUCGCACACGACUCUCGCAAAUUCCCUGUCCCCGACGCGCAGGUCAAGGGCCAAGCACCAAAGUUAAGCCAUUUAGAUGACCGGUUCUUGGACGCAGCACGAGCUACCAUUGCCGCCGAGAUUGCUUCCACCGAAGCGCAGCAGUCGGAAUGGCAAGAAAAAUUCGACGACGGCUGGUCGUCAGCUCGCGCCAAGUCUUUGCCCGGUCUUGAAAAUUACGAGGAUGACGAGCAGGAUUUCUUCCAAGAAGAACAACGCAUGAAUGCGGCCUUCGAGACUGUUCAAACAUCCCUCUUUGCUACCGCCGAGCGUGGAAACAAGCUUGAAAAGAAGCUUUCUUUGCACUACGGCGGAUACCAGAACCGUGCUAAGACGCUGCGGUCGAAGAUUUUGGAGGCUGGUGCUGCUUUGCCCGCUGCUGAAAAUGAGCUGGACGCUUUCCGUACACUCCAGAUCUCCGAGGAGUCGGCUGUGAGCCGGCGACUUGAGAGACUCCGCGACGCAGUAUCGUUUGUUAUGCGCCGUGAGCGAGAGGCUCAGGAUUUGUACAAGAGCCGAAAAGAUGAGCUUGAUGAACUUCUUGCUGGGACGGGUAUGGUCAAUGGAUGGCACUAG